GAUGGGCGGCCGGUGAUUGGCGUGAUCAACUACAGCCCGCGCCACAUUGCACGCACGUCGCAGGCCGUCCGCGUCGCCGCACACGAGAUUGCGCACACCCUGGGGUUCAAUGUUGACAUCGUGAAGGACACAUUUUUGUUUUCGCUAGCUGCUUAUGAGGCCCGCGGAAAGAGGAUCUAUGCCUCUUACGGCAAGUAUACAAGGAAGUGGGGAUCGUAUCACUACCAAUGCAAAGACUUUAAUGGCAUGGAGAUGGAGGACACUACUGCGUGGGCAGACAGUGGACAAUCUGUGAACGAGCUGCAAACCGAUGUAAUGAAUUCGAGGUCUGCUGUUGCUCUUCGGGGAGAUGAUUCUUGGAAGGCUGCAAACCUUUUGAAUCUUGACCCGAAAGACGGGAGAUUCUCCACAAAGUUUGGUGUGAGUUCCCACUGGAAGCGGCGCAAUGCGAAGGACGAGCUGAUGGCUGGUCUUGUGGGCGCUGGGCACUACACUGGACUGACACUUGCAGCGUUCGCUGACCUGGGCUAUUAUCAGGUUGUGUGGACCAAGGCAGAGCCGAUGAGUUGGGGAAAUAACUCUGGUUGCGAGUUUCUGAAAGAUAAGAAAUGCGUUGAAAACGGUAAAUCUAAGUACCCCAGCAUGUUCUGCGACAAAACAGAGGAACCCAAAUUGCGAUGCACGUCUGACCGCCAGGCGUUGGGAACGUGUGCCAUUCAAAAUCAUAACAAGCUUCCCGAGAUGUACAGGUACUUCGAGAAGACCGAUGGUGACAUACAGCGUGGUGGCAGGCGGGAGGACAUGAUGGACUACUGCCCCAUUAUUGUGGCGGACAAAGGCUACAGCUGCAUUGAUGGCACUGAGAGCAACAUGCCUGGGAGUCUUGUCGGCACGAACUCGCGGUGCGUGCAUGGAAAUGGUCUGACGGUAAAGGGCGAGCCGAUUGGUGACGUGUGUGUGCGCGUGGCGUGCUAUAAGGGGUCGGUGUACGUGCAGUACGCUGGUGCCCCCACGUAUUACUUGUGCCCGGAGGGGAAGUCUCUGAAGGUGCAAGGCGAUUUUGAUGGGAACGGCAACAUUGCUUGCCCGCGGUACGAGGACGUGUGCACCACCAUGCUGCCGGAGGCUGAGAUCAGCGCGCCCAGCGAUGCCCCCAGCCUGUCGCAGUUC